AUGUUAUCAACACUAUUGCAUCUUUUAUAUCUAUCAUGUCUUAUACCCAUUGCUUAUACAGGUCUCGAAUUAAACUCAUUUAUCAAACACUUUGAGCCUUUAUAUUAUGACAACCAUAAGCUCCGGAACCAACACUCGCGCGUCAAACGACACCUCCAAAGCCUUCAAACGCAUGAGUCGACUGACCAGUCGGCUCACGGCGAUCGACAUCACGGCCUCAAUGGGCGACACAAUGCACACAACGAGAUUAGACUCAACUUUUCGGCACACAAUCGACUGUUUCGGCUCGUCAUCAGAGCCGACAACUCUGUGUUCACACCGGAUGUUGUGUUUGAGUCCACAACUAAAGGUGCCUUAAAUUAUGACACCAAUAAUAUCAUCAAAGGAUAUCUCGAAGAUAAUGAAGACUCAGUCAUUGAGGGUGUCAUCACUGCCGACGGUCUGAUCGACGGUCACAUCCAGACGCCAACUGAAGAGUACUUCAUAGAGCCGGCCAACCGUUACUUUGAUACACAAGAGUUUCAUUCAAUUAUCUAUUUGUUGUCGGCUGUGGUCUUCCCAAAGAUUAACAAAAAUGUUUGCCAAUAUUUACACAGUUAUGGCAUCAGAUUAGACAAUAGUAUUAGUAGUAGUGGUGGUGGUGUCGAUGAUAACAAAAACAGUGCCGAUUAUAACAACAACAAUAAUAAUAUUAAUAUUAAUAACGAUGAUAAUGAUAAUAACAAUAUUAAYAUUAAUAGCCAACGCUCAAGGCCUAGACAUAGCCUGAGCCACAUGUGCCACAAAUAUAGCGAUCAGAGCCGCUGUCAUAACUGUUCCCAUUCCGGUGAGGCGACUAUUAAUAGGAAAAGAGUUGACAUUAAAAAUAAUUACAUUUUAGCCAAUAGUCUUAAUAAUAGCAGCAAUAGUAGUGGUGGUGGCGAUAAUGUUAAUGAUGUGGACGACAGUAAUAGUGAUAAUAUGAAGGACUUUAAUACUAAAAAUACUACUAAUAAUAAUAAUAAUAAUGUUGACGAAUAUAUUACCAUUGCUGAUUAUGACAACGAUACUGUUAAUAAUGGCAACAGUAGUUUUCGUAAUGGUAUAACCGUUAACGUUGGUGGUGUUGGUGAUGGUAUUGGUGACGGUGGUAGUGAUGGCGAUGAUGAACAGCCUAUCGAUUAUUUGUUUAGUCAAUUAAUCAGCGGAUCAAUGAAUGGCAAGAAGAAACUGAAGCGUAUGGCAAACAACGUUAAGAGUGGCGACAAAAGAGUGUAUAAUAAAUAUAAUAAUAAUAAUAUUAUUAAUAAAAAGUUUGAUAACUUAAGAGAUGGUGAACGUCGUCGACAGGCAUUAAUUGGUGAUAAGCGUCGCGUCAAACGAGAUAAGACCGGUGCGGACAGUAAGAUGACAAUUGGUGGUCAGUUUGAUGACACUUAUAAGUCGAGUGUCAAAACAAAUGCCAAAAACAGUUUUGGAGAGAAAGGAAAGUCAUAUUAUUAUCGGGAUAGAGAUUCGCUUCAUUAUACUGAAUCAGAUGCCUAUGGCGUUAGGGCUGUCCAUAGGACCCAUUGGUCGGAGGAUAGGCUCGACAGGCAUGUAGUAAUUGAUCCCAAAAAGACUACGUGUAUGUUAUAUCUACAGGCGGACCAUCUUUUCUAUGAGAAAAUGGGUUCAGACGAAGCAUGCAUUGAGGCCAUGACCCGACACGUCCAGAAAGUUAAUAGUAUCUACAGAAACACUGAUUUUGAUCUGGAUGGUCGUCCCGAUAAUAUAUCGUUUUUGAUAAAACGCAUCAAAGUUCAUACGGUCGACGCCCUAAAAGAUCCGGAAUAUCGUUAUCCGGGUAACUAUGGGGUCGAAAAGUUUCUGGAAUUAUUCUCAGAGGAAGAUUACGACGCCUUUUGUUUGGCUUAUAUGUUCACUUACCGGGACUUCGAGGGCGGAACACUCGGUCUCGCCUGGACUGGGGAUCUCAAAAAUGCCGGCGGAGUUUGCGAAAAAAAUGGACAUUAUAGAGGAAGUUUGAAAAGUUUGAACACUGGUAUCGUAACGCUAUUGAAUUAUGGCAAACACGUGCCGCCAAUCGUAAGUCACGUAACGCUCGCGCAUGAAAUCGGACACAACUUUGGGUCUCCGCACGACCCGGAAGAGGACACCAAUUGCACACCGGGAGGUGAAAACGGGAAUUACAUAAUGUUUGCCCGGGCAACUUCGGGUGACAAGAAAAACAAUAAUAAAUUUAGUCCGUGUAGUCUAAAAAGUAUUAACGCUGUCCUCAAUACWAAAGCCAAGAGUCUGAAGGGAUGUUUUCAAGAACCACAGGAUGCUAUAUGUGGUAAUGAAGUGGUGGAAGAGGGAGAGGAAUGUGACUGCGGUUGGGAGGAGGACUGUAAGGAGCCGUGCUGUUACCCAAUGAGGACCAACCCGCCACCCGAUGAAGUGCCUUGCAGACUUCGCCCAAAUGUUAUUUGUAGUCCAAGUCAGGGGCCCUGUUGUACACAGGAUUGUAAGGUCAAAGCGGGUAAUAAAUGUCGGGACGAUAAUGGAUGCCGGACUGCAAGUUACUGCAAUGGUCAGGGACCUCAAUGCCCUCCAUCAACCAAUAAGCCCAACAAAACCAUUUGCAAUGAUGAAUACGUUUGCUAUAUGGGGGAAUGCACUGGUAGUAUAUGUAUGGCUUAUGGACUGGAGUCGUGUCAGUGCCGGAGCGGACCAAAGGAUCCACUAACCAAAUCAUGCGAACUGUGCUGUCGAUUGCCUUCAAAAGACUCGACGUGCAAGUCAUCAUUUGAAUGGAAUUCCGUGCCAUACGACGUGCCCGAUCUGUACGCCAAAGCGGGUACACCAUGUGAUAACUAUAACGGCUAUUGCGAUGCCAAUCAAAAGUGCAGAGAAGUAGACCCGUCCGGACCAUUGGCCACAUUAAGGCGCUUACUAUUGUCUAAUGAGAGUAUGGCGUCCCUGAAGAAAUGGUUCAAUGAACAGUGGUUUUAUAUGGCCAUACUAUGUCUAAUCACAUUACUUGUUGUGGCCGUUUUGAUCAAAGCGUUUGGCCGUCGAUCAGUGGAUUUGUCAAUUAAGACACACGAUCUGAUGGACACCGAUAUGAUAGCUGAAACCUCAGCUGCCAAACACAAGCGCACUGUCGGUACGGCCACCACCAGCACCGGUACAAAUACUGGGCCACCAAUCGAUACGACGACAAUACUGGACGACUGUGACAUGAGCUGUCCGUUAAGCGCUCAACAACAGCCACUAUCAUCAAUCAAUGGUCACUUAUCGCGAAGUGCACUUCAUGUCCAAAAUCAGGGCAAUCUGGUCAAGACUAGUCUGGCCUAUCAUCAACAACAACAACAUCAACAGAAACAGCAUCAACAACAACACCAUAAACCAGACCAUAUGUUUCCCGGUAGUCAUCAUCAUCAUCACCAACAGCAGCAGCAGCAACAACAACAACAACAACAAAAAUUACAUUAUCAACAACAACAGCAUAUACAGCAACAUCCAUACUAUGGCAGUCCAGCUGCUGGUCAUCAUAUGUCUAACCGACAGCACAUGUAUGCCGCCAGCGAUCAUCAUUGUAUGAGUCGUUCGAGUAGUUCACUGUCUCAUAUGAAUCAAAUGGAUUUUACUACUGGAAACGGUAGCUCAUCGAUGACAGGCUAUACGGGGAACGGUUGGGUUUGACAAUUAAAGUUUUGAUGUAUAAAAAACAUCGACAAUUUAUCUAUCAAUUGCUUAUGUAAAUUAUUAUACAUUAUUAACAAUUAUUAUCAACAAUUUAUUU